AACAGACGUCGAGGAAAGAUUCACGACGACAUCAAAAAGAAAUUAUUUCCAACCGAGCCUUCCCCCAGAUUUUAAGAUUUUCUUUAAUCCCGAUCAUGUAAAAAAAGGAGGAAAAGUGCAGUGACGACAGUGAUUGUUUUAAGUGAUGUUUUAAUAUUUGUGAAAAUUAUAAAUGGUGGAGAAACGUAGGAUUCUGAGUCAAUUUGUUGAUUUAAUCUUGAAGAUUUAGAUGUGAUGAUAUUUGAAAUAAUUUGGGUUUAAGAAAAGGAGAGAAAUUGAAAUAAGAAUUAUUUUUUUUGAUUCUUAAACAAAAAUAAUUACAAGACAAAAUAUGGCUUGGGGAUAUUGGAGCGCAACAACCGUUUCCGAUCGUGGUCGUAGUCCCAGACGGAAUCAAAACGGCGGAUCAACCGUUCAGCAACAACAACAACAAUCAAUCCCUGUUACCAUCGAAGACAGACAACCCUCAGUUAGUACUAGUUUCUCAACUUCAACCGUAACCUCAAACAAUAACGCGCAACAACAGCAACAAUCAGAAAUCACGGAAUUUGAUGUGGUUCCGGGGACGUUUUCGCGAAGACCCUCGUUGGAUUUAAGCAUAGGGAUGGUUCCGCAAGGAUCUUUAGCCGGGAUUGUGUGUGCGGCUCACGGAUCUCGACAUCAAGGUGGGACUUUAUCCGCCGGAAAUACUUUAACGCGCAUGGGGAGUCGACACACAGCUGUUAGCGUCGAAUACGCGGUCCCGCAUCAUUUACAUCAUCAUCAUUCCACUUAUUUUGAUUAUCAUAUCCAACAGCAGUUAUCGUUUUCUGAUGAUGAUUCUAGUUCGGAACCUGGAUACGCUACAGUUUUUCCAAAUGUACCAUCGCAACCGGGAAUGCCAUGCCAAGGAGAAGACAGGAGUAUCUAUAGGAGAGGAGCUAGAAGGUGGAGGAAAUUGUAUAGGGUUAACGGGCAUAUUUUCCAAGCGAAAAGAUUCAACCGGAAAGCUUUUUGUGCUUAUUGCCACGAUCGCAUUUGGGGGUUAGGCCGGCAAGGAUUUAAGUGCAUUCAAUGUAAACUUCUCGUCCACAAGAAGUGCCAUAAGCUCGUUCACAUCGCGUGCACGAACGAGCACGUUGAGCAAAUCGUGCAGGAGGAGCAAAACGGUGAGAGUCAAGUUGCCAAUCGGUUCCCAAGCGGCCGAUUUGACCGAAACUCCAUUAGGAAUUGCCAAGAACCACCCCCCGACGUCACAGGUGAAUCAGUUCCUGUUGAAGACCCCGAAAAGCCCCAAACGACUGAUAACACAUUAGAACCCGGCUCAGAGCGUCAAUAUUCCCUAAACGAUUUUGAAUUAAUUCGCGUAAUCGGACGAGGUUCUUACGCGAAAGUUUUGAUGGUCGAGUUGAAAAAAACGAAACGGAUUUAUGCGAUGAAAGUGAUUAAAAAGGCUUUGGUUACGGAUGAUGAGGACAUCGAUUGGGUGCAAACUGAAAAGCACGUUUUUGAGACAGCCUCAAACCACCCGUUCCUCGUCGGGUUACACUCCUGCUUCCAAACUCCAUCGCGGCUCUUCUUCGUCAUCGAAUUCGUCCGCGGUGGCGAUUUAAUGUUUCACAUGCAGCGACAAAGGCGGUUACCCGAAGAGCACGCGAGGUUCUACGCCGCUGAAAUCUCUUUGGCUCUACAUUUUUUGCACAGCAAAGGAAUAAUUUACCGCGAUUUAAAGUUGGAUAAUGUUUUGUUAGAUCAUGAGGGUCAUAUUAAGCUUACCGAUUACGGGAUGUGCAAAGAAGGCAUCCGGCACGGUGAUACCACCUCGACGUUUUGUGGCACCCCUAAUUAUAUCGCGCCGGAGAUUUUGAGAGGCGAAGAUUACGGGUUUUCGGUUGAUUGGUGGGCGUUGGGGGUUUUGCUGUAUGAGAUGUUGGCGGGGAGAUCUCCGUUUGAUAUCGCCGGGGCUUCUGAGAAUCCGGAUCAAAACACCGAGGAUUACUUGUUCCAGGUUAUUUUGGAGAAAACGAUUCGUAUCCCGAGAUCUUUAAGUGUUAAAGCGGCGAAUGUUUUAAAAAGCUUUUUGAACAAGAAUCCGGCGGAUCGAUUGGGUUGUCACGGAACCGAUUCGUUCUCUGAGAUCACAGGGCAUCAAUUUUUCAAAAGUAUCGAUUGGGAUAUGCUCGAACAAAAGCAGGUUCCUCCGCCGUACAAGCCCCGCUUGGAUUCUGAUAGGGAUUUGGCCAAUUUCCCCCCGGAAUUUACAGACGAACCCGUUCAUUUAACUCCUGAUGAUCCGAGGGUGAUUGAGAAGAUUGAUCAAUCUGAAUUUGAAGGGUUUGAGUACGUGAAUCCGUUGUUGAUGUCGCUGGAGGAUUGUGUGUGACACAAAGUAACCUGCGAAUUCCACCCGGAUAACAUUCCCCCGGCGCCUCCGCUGCCGCGGUAUCCACCACCAUGUUUCCCCCCACCUCCACCCCCCGUAUUUAUGGUUCCACACCAUCACUUAACGGAAUUGGAGGAUGAUUACGACCUCAUGGAGGUGGAUAUUCGACCUCCCCCGCCCAACAAAUCAAUUUUGCAGAACAUUUUUUGCCUCCCCCUCAAUUAACCACCUUAUUAUUCUUAAAAAUUUUCGGAAUUGAGUUUUUGUUUCAAUUAUUUCAAUUUAGGGCAGCUAGGCUUAAAAAAGUACCUACUUAAAUGCUAAGUAUUAAAAGAAAAACUUGUUGACUGUUAACCUUGAUUUUCUUCCUGAUUAAAACAAUGUAUUAAAAGAAAUUCGUAUUAAUAAUUAUAUUAACGAUUAAAAAGAAAUUAGUAAUAAUAAGCAAAUACAUACUGUAUAUUCUAAAAAAAAUUUUAAGGGAGUUUUUGAGAAAAAUUAGAUUUUUUGCACUUGUAGUAACGAUGUUGCUGUAUUUGAGAGCAAAUCCAAUCCCGCGAUAAAAAGCAACGAGGCGCAAAGUGGGUUUUAACGCAAAAUAACAAUCUUAAAAAAAGUUUAAAAAAUUAUAUUAUUAAUCGUAACUUCCAGAAAGAGAGAAAAUGUGAAAAAAAGAUUAUCAUGUGAUAUAUCUCCACUAAUAAUCGAUUAAAAGAUGUUUUAAUUCCGUAUUUAUUAGUUAAUUUACAUUUAUACAAAGUUAAAUAAAAAGUGGGCGACUGAAAAGUGAUUUUGUAUGAUGAUUAAAACUAAAAAAAUAACGAUAAAGGGGAAAGAAACUAUAUAAACCGUAGGAUUAAGAAUUUUCGGACGGUGGGCGUAACUUAAUAAUUAUAAAAAUAAUUUUCGUUUUUGAUAAUAAGCGAAUACUUUGUUAAAAAAAAAAACAUAUAUACAUAGUAUUAUAAUUAAGAAAGUAACGUUAUUUAGUAUUAAAAAUUAAUGAAUCGAAAUCAAUUGGUAUUGUUAACGUUUACUGGCGAAACGGCACAUUCCAUUCUAUUUAGAUAUUUUUUUUAAACAAUUUAAUUUAAACGA